CGCACCCACAUGGUACGCGCCAAGAAGAACAAGAAGAUGACCGCCGUCGCUACCCCAACCGAUCUCAAGAGGCUCGCCUUCGUCGAGUCCGCCGCCGUCUCCUCCUACGAGUACCUCACCGGGUCCGCCUACUUCGCCAAGGCGUGCGGCUACUACUCCAACGCCAAGGAGACGAACGCGCUCAAGGGCUCCAUCACCAAGAUCGAGGACCUCAUCAAGGCGUACGGCAUGCCCGUGGUGGCCAAGGUCCAGGAGAAGUACCCCGAGUACAUGACCAACGUGGACGGCAAGGUGGACGUCGUCGUCACCAAGGCUGUCGACAUCUGGACCAGCAAGAUCGCCCCGUCGGCGCCAGUCGCCAUGGCCAAGUCUGCGCUCGCCGCGUACCCGGUCAAGGUGGAGGAGCUCCUCGCGCAGCGCGAGGAGUACUUCAAGAAGAUCGAGGCCUUCCUCGCGGACCUCAAGGCCAAGGCCGUCGCCCUCCCCGCCGACGUCUCCGCCGCCAUCACCAAGGCCAUCGCCGAGGCGCGCGCCAAGAUUGACGACGCGCAGCUUUUCGAGAAGGUGAAGACCGCCUACGAGACCGCCCUCAAGUACCCCGCCGUCGUCGCCGUCUUGGAGAAGACUGCGCCGGUGGCCGCCAAGGCUGUCGAAGUCGCCGGCCCUUACUACGUCAAGGCUAAGGAUAUCGCGACACCUUACGUGGCCAAGGCGACCGAGGUUGCGACACCUUACGUCACCAUGGUCACCGACAGGUUCAAGAAGGUGCCGGAGCUCAACUGAGGGUUCGACGGUCGGUCGUUUCGGGUAGCCGGGGUAGGGACGCAACGCACGCGCACGCUCGCUGUAAAACACAGGUCUGAGAGAGAGUCGAGCCGCACAUUUUUUUCCUUUCAUGUCUGACGAUGAAAUGGCAAGCCAAGUAUAAACACG